CUUGUUCUGCUCUAUAGCUACGAAGCGGUAGUGCUGGCGCUUCUCGAUACUUGAAGCACCGUGAACGAAAUUCGCGAUUGCGUUUGUUCAUUAAACUCAAUUAAACUUCUGAAACCCACGUGGCGAGUAGUAUAAGGACUUUUACGUUCACUCUUGUAUUAUAUAUAAUAUAUGGCUUCAGUUGAGGAACUGGAUCAGCAAGUCGACAGCGGCAUGGGUAGCAGCGACGUGCAUUCUCCGGAGGUGAAGACACUGCUUCCCGACGAUGAGGACGACGACGAGGAGGAUGAAAGCUUAGCUGAGAGAUUGUUAGGACUGACAGAAAUGUUUCCCGAACCAGUACGCAACUUUGGAUAUAAUUUUGGAGUCGGUUUAUACAAAUGUACUAAAGGUCUAUAUGCAUUUUCACGUACAGCCACAUGGCUAUUCUUCAGUUCAUCUGUUAUUCUGUUUGCACCAAUUAUUUUUGAAAUGGAACGUGCUCAAAUGGAAGACUUACAACGUACACAGAGAAAACAAGUUUUAUUAGGACCGAAUACAGCUUUUUCAGGAGGUGCUAAUCCAUCUGGUCUUCCAAUGGCACCUCCUGUUCAGCGAUAAAAAAAAUCACACAACAAAUUUACAUAAAAAGUUAUGUAAAACACACACACACACACACAAGCGCGUAUAUAUAGAAAUAUCUAAAUUAGCAAAAUCAUGAAUUUGAGUUUCCCACUUAAUUAAUUAACAAAACUUGUCGAGUUUUUACAAAAACCACGAAUGUAAACAAUUUUUAUCGAGUGGAAGAUGUAUGAAAUCAAGCAUGUGUAACACACACACACACACAUAUGUGAUAAAAAAAAGUAAUAAUUUAAAUUCUACUCUUUCAAUGAGUAACGUUGGUCUACUUUAUUCCUGUCUUUAAUGUAAAACCAUUAAAGAUUAGAAAAAUAAUGACUAAAAAAUAUUUAGAAGAUUAAUACAAGCCAAAAUAUCGAUCUCUUCGUGUUGUUAAUAACAAAGAUGUGUUUUGUCUCGCAUCGGUCUUCUAAAUUUUCAGUUUUUUUUUGUCUUUAUAUUCAUCAUCCGUUCCUCCUAGUCAUUUUUAUCGAGAAUCAACAUGCUAUGAUGUGCGACAUAUUAUUCUUAUGUCAAAACGCAGAAAUAACGGUACUGGCAUUUUGAUUUACACAAAAACGCUGGCAUUUUGUUUAUAUAUUGUGCGAAUAUAAAAUAGAAUUUACUUACACACAAUCGUCCCGCAAACAAGGUAAAAGAGCGAGAGAGAAAAAGUUAGUGUUAUUGCGCAUUUGUUGUCAUAUAUUUUCUGUUAUACUUUUGCGAGAAAACAAAUAAAAAGCAUAAUAGUGUAGUGUCUUUCAA